UGCCCCGGGCGCAGUGUGGCUGGCGGGGCCGGCGUGGCGGUGCGACAUGUCCCACCAGACCGGCAUCCAAGCUAGUGAAAAUGUUAAAGACAUCUUCGUUGGAGCCAGAAAUGGAAAAUACAGGAUUUUGAAAAUAGUCAUUGACAAUGAGCAACUUGUUCUGGGAUCCUCUAGGCGGCCACUUGGAUCAUGGGAAAAGGAUUAUGAUGCUUUUGUUCUUCCUCUGCUUGAAGACAAGCAGCCAUGUUACAUAUUAUACAGAUUAGAUUCUCAGAAUGCUCAAGGAUAUGAAUGGAUCUUUAUUGCGUGGUCACCUGAUCACUCUCCUGUUCGUCAGAAAAUGUUGUAUGCAGCAACCCGAGCAACACUCAAGAAAGAAUUUGGAGGUGGUCAUAUUAAGGAUGAAGUAUUUGGAACAGUAGAGGAUGAUGUUUCCCUGAACGGAUAUAAAAAAUAUUUGGUAUCCCAGUCUGCCCCUGCACCUCUGACUGCAGCAGAAGAGGAACUUCGACAAAUUAAGAUUAAUGAGGUACAAACGGAUGUUGGUGUAGAUACUAAGCAUCAAACUCUGCAAGGAGUAGCAUUCCCCAUUGCUAAAGAAGCUAUUCAGGCUUUGGAGAAAUUGAGAAAUAAGCAACUCAAUUAUGUGCAACUGCAAAUUGAUAUGAAAAAUGAAACUAUUAUUUUGGCCAACACGCUUCAUACCGAACUUAAGGACUUGCCAAAAAGAAUUCCAAAGGAUGCUGCACGCUACCACUUUUUCCUGUAUAAGCAUACUCACGAAGGAGACUAUUUGGAAUCCAUAGUUUUCAUUUACUCUAUGCCGGGGUAUACGUGUAGUAUACGAGAACGAAUGCUAUACUCUAGUUGCAAAAGUCCACUUUUAGAAAUUGUAGAAAGACAGUUGUGGAUGCAAAUAAUUAGGAAGAUUGAAAUAGAUAAUGGUGAUGAGUUAACUGCUGACUUUCUUUAUGAAGAGGUUCAUCCAAAACAACAUGCACAUAAGCAAAGUUUUGCUAAACCGAAAGGUCCUGCAGGGAAGAGAGGAAUACGAAGACUCAUCAGAGGUCCAGCAGAGACUGAAACACCUAGUGACUAGAAACUGUUGUUUGCAAUAAUCGUAGGGUUUUACAGUAAAAAAAUGAAAUUCUGACUUUUGCCAAUGAACUGAAACCAUUCCAUUUCUCGAUGCUGAAGAAAAAAAAUGUUCUUUCUACUCUCCCCUCUUCUGAACUCAAUACUCCCGGUGUUGUUACGUGAUUAUAUUUGCUGACCGUAUUUUACAACACCCGGAAGAGUUAAUUAUUUUAAAGUAGAAGAAGAAAACUAAGCUAGUACUCUUUUGUUUUAAAUUACAAUCCAUUAUUUAAUAGCAAUACACGUCAUCAUAAACUUCACAGACAAGACUUCUAAGCCCGCAUUUUCUGUGGGCAAGUAGCAGCUGUAUGCUUAGAUAACAAACCUAUAUUGGUAUGAGCAGCCUACUGAAAUCCACAAGAUUUCACUUGUGUGAAGAGUUGAAGCUUUGUCAUUGUCCUAGAUAAAUCUUUAUUUUUCCUGGUAGCUUUUAUGGACAGUAAUGCAACAGAAUGUUCUGUUUUUGAUGUGAUGGAUUGUUGGGUUUGGGUUUUUAUACUAGGAAGAUUAAAAUCCAUUAUCUGUUAGUUUACAUAAGUACUUGUUCAGGAAUAGCUUAUUUUUACUUUUUCCCGUGCAAAAUCAUGGUCGUUUCAAAUUUACAACUAAUUUAGUGGGCUUGUCUCUUAAAGAAAUAUGGCAUAAAACCACUACAGCUUUUCCAGACCACUCAUCAGCCUUAAAUAUAACUUACUGAAUGACCAAUCAAAUGUGAUUAAAUGUGCAGUCACUAUACUCAAUAACUUAUGGAGCUCUUUCAAAGCAAUAUGCUUAUAAGUUUCUUCUAAAUCAUUGAUUUUCUAUGCACUUGGAUCUAAAACUGCAAAUUCAGUAAAAAUGGAAAUAGACUUGCUUCGUAAUGGUGACUUAUUACUGAGAUCCUGGUGCUCCUGCAUUAUCAACUGCAACUUUAACUUUCAAGGUAUUCUAAAACGAAAUAUUCCUAAAUGUUUAAACACUUAAUUUACUAUUAAAGUUUAACAAAAUCCAACUAGGUCUAGACCUAGCACUUGAGUAGGAUUUUGUGGGAUUUAUCUGUUUUUUUUCUGCUUCUCAUCUAAAUACUAAAAUCAGCCAGAAUAGUGUGAACUCCAUUGAGCCAUGAGUCAUCUGUUUAUUAGGAAGAGGAAAAAACAGAUGUAUUUUAACAAGAAGUGUAAAGAAGAAAUAGAUGGAGAAAUCAAGUAUUGGAUGACCGUAAAUGUUUUCGAAUUGUGUAAUGAGGCAAGUACUAAAGGAUGGAUUGUGUUCCCUGGUGGGGACUUGCUUCUUUGUGUCUUGUAUUGAGCUUUGUAUUUUUCAUUAUUUUUAACAACUACAUUGGAGUUGCAAGUCUUGGAUCACUGCAUAUAGGUGUUGGGUGUACAGUUAGAUAUCUGAAUCAUUUGUUUACCUGGUGGGAGGUAGAUUUUAGAGUAGUUCUGUAGGGAAAUAAGGCUUAAACACUACUAGGUCCUGAUGGAAACAAUUUUUAUCUUAUGUAUUACAUCAUCUGGAGAUACUAACUUGUUAUUGACUUUUGAAAUUGCACUAUGUAAUAUGAAGGUUGCAAUAGUUGCUGGUUUUACUGUGUUUUUUUCUAUAUGCAGUAGAGAUCUGACACCUCAGCUUUUUUCAUUUAAUCUUAUACACUACAUCAGCCCAAUUCAAUAGCUCUUGAUCCUCAGCUAAUCUCCUGCCCUCAGCUGCUGUGUACUUUUUCUGCCUCUUGUCUUUCCCUUCUAGGGCAAGGAGCAGGUCCUUGCAAUUUUUCUUCUUGUGUACUAUAUGUCACACAAGCAUUAUUGUUUUUAAACACAGUUAACCUGUAUGCAUCUUGCACACUGUAACAACAUUUAUUUUUAGUUGAAAUCUGAAUCCUUUCAGCACUAAAUUCUUCUUUUUUUAAGGUAAACACUUGACUGUAGCAGCUAAAAAUGACUUUGUGAGGGCUUUUUGUUUGAAUUUAAUAGUCCUGGCUGCAUCUCAGCCAUAACCAGUGCACAUACAUUUUUACACUCAUUUGAGCCAGUAAAGAAGUUCAGCUUUUUAAUAUGAAAUAUUUUGAAUAAUGAACAGUUUGACCUGAUAUGGUUAUAUGCAGGUUACGGGGUUGGUUUUUUUCCUUCCCUUAAUCCUGCCCUAGGUAAACGAGGGUAGAAAGCUUAAUCUGGAGGAGGGCCAGAGCUGUUUAAGUGAUUACGAGUGAGCUUAUAGUGAGCUGCUGUACAGUUCAAUCCAAAGCAGACAAUUCAAGUUAUUCUACUUAAAAAUAUUUCAUGUGGUUGUACAGCCAGCCAGCAAAGAGUAAUGUCCUGAGCAUAUUUCCCUCUCUUUUUUCCCUAAAAGAGAAAGCCUGCUAACAGACUGCUCUCUUCAAAUUCUAUGAAGUCUUGCACUGCCAGCUGCCUCUCUGGGCCCCUUGUAGCUAUUCUCCUGACAAAGCAAUAAGCGUCUGAUCUUUUUGUAAGAAAGAUCUAUCAUGUUUACAUCCGUAUAGUUGCCUCACAUGACACUACUAUUGUUAAAGAACAGUCAGAGCCAGCACAAAGUGAGGGCAUUAAUAAAUGUUAUUCCAUAAACUGUCUCUGGUCAUUUAAUAAUUGAAAGCGUCCAUUCAGAAUUGUUGUUGGCCUUCAUAAACGCCCCAAAGCUGCUUGCAGUUAACUCACAAGCUAUUUAGUAGCUGUUAAUUAACACGACAAGUAAUUAUUUUUGAAAUGUUUAUGUUGCAAAGUAGGGAGAAAUUGAUCUAAUAAACCUCCUGUCAGGGGGUUGUAAAAGUAAUCAAGGUAAUAAUUGCUCUAUUACAUGAAUAAAUACACUGAUAGAGGAAACUUAUGAUUUACAGUGUCUAUGUAUUCAGUGAAAACCAUCUUCAGAUGCUAAAAUUAUCUAUUUUGUAAUCGUCUUUAUAAAUAAAGAUUGAUGCUGUAGGUCA